GGCAGAUAUCAGUGUCGAUGGCAUUUGUUCCCAGCUAUUCUUAGGAGCCUCUCAGAAGCGCCACACAGCUCAGCCAACAGCCAGGGGCAGAGCAGAGGCUGCCGCUGUCCACACCAGCAUGUCUUACAGCGUGACCCUGGCGGGGCCUGGGCCCUGGGGCUUCCGUCUGCAAGGGGGCAAGGACUUCAACAUGCCGCUCACCAUCUCCCGGAUCACACCAGGCAGCAAGGCGGCACAGUCCCAGCUCAGCCAGGGGGACCUCGUGGUAGCCAUCGACGGCGUGAACACAGACACCAUGACCCACCUGGAGGCCCAGAACAAGAUCAAGUCCGCCAGCUACAACCUGAGCCUCACCCUGCAGAAGUCGAAGCGACCCAUUCCCAUCUCCACGGCAGCGCCCCUGAUCCAGUCUCCUCUGCCAGUGAUCCCCCACCAGAAGGACCCUGCUCUGGACACCAACCCCGAGGUGCGGGCCGGCCCGGGCACGGAGGUCAGGCAGACCUUUAGCGCCUCCUUCUCCCAGACCUCCGCCUUCUCCUCCCACUUGGAGGCCUCUGACCCUGGUCCUCCUCAGGGCAGCCCGGGGGCCAAGACCAGCUCGGAGGGAGCCCUGCACUCGCUCAGCCCGAAAGUGCCCCAGGGCUCGAGCCAGCCCAGGCAGUAUAACAACCCCAUUGGCCUGUACUCGGCGGAGACGCUGAGGGAGAUGGCUCAGCUGUAUCAGAUGAGCCUCCGAGGAAAGGCCUCAGGUGCUGGACUCCCAGGAGGUGCGGACUACCAGGAGCGCUUCAACCCCAAUGCCCUGAAGGACUCGGCCCUGUCCACCCACAAGCCCAUCGAGGUGAAGGGGCUGGGCGGCAAGGCCACCAUCAUCCACGCACAGUACAACACGCCCAUCAGCAUGUACUCCCAGGACGCCAUCAUGGACGCCAUUGCUGGGCAGGCCCAGGCCCAGGGCAGUGACUUCAGUGGGAGCCUUCCCGUUAAAGACCUCGCUGUGGACAGCGCCUCUCCCGUGUACCAGGCUGUGAUUAAGAACCAGAACAAGCCGGAAGAUGAGGCUGAUGAGUGGGCCCGCCGCUCCUCCAACCUUCAGUCUCGCUCCUUCCGCAUCCUGGCCCAGAUGACAGGAACUGAGUACAUGCAAGACCCUGAUGAAGAAGCUUUGCGAAGGUCAAGGCCCCAGGCUUCUGCUCAGGGUACGGCCCAGGCGACCUCUCCAGCACCUGCUGCCCAUCCAUACACCGAAGCCCCAGCCGCUGCUGCGCCCAAGCCGCGGGUUGUCACCACUGCCAGCAUUCGGCCUUCUGUCUACCAGCCAGUGCCUGCAAAUACCUACAGCCCAUCUCCGGGGGCCAAUUACAGCCCAACUUCCUACACCCCCUCGCCUGCCCCCGCCUACACCCCCUCGCCUGCCCCCACCUACACCCCCUCCCCUGCCCCUGCCAAUACCCCCUCGCCUGCCCCCACCUACUCCCUCUCCCCAGCACCAGCCUACACCCCCUCGCCUGCCCCGAGCUAUGAGCCUGCACCCUCAGUGGCCCACAGCAGGGGUCCUGCUGAAUCUGCCAGCCGCCCCCCUUGGGCCACAGACGACAGCUUCUCUCAGAAGUUUGCUCCUGGCAAGAGUACCACUUCUAUCAGCAAGCAGCCCCUGCCUGGAGGGACCUCUGCCUACACCCCAGGUUCCCAGGUGCCCCCCCUCGCCAGGGGCACCUUCCAGAGGGCUGAGCGCUUCCCAGCCAGCAGCCGGACUCCGCUCUGUGGCCACUGCAACAACGUCAUCAGGGGCCCCUUCCUGGUAGCCAUGGGCCGCUCCUGGCACCCAGAGGAGUUCAACUGCGCCUACUGCAAGUCCUCCCUGGCAGACGUGUGCUUCGUGGAGGAGCAGGGCGCCGUGUACUGCGAGCGGUGUUAUGAGCAGUUCUUUGCCCCGAUCUGUGCCAAGUGCAACACCAAGAUCAUGGGGGAGGUGAUGCACGCCCUGAGGCAGACGUGGCACACCAGCUGCUUCAUCUGUGCCGCCUGCAAGAAGCCCUUCGGGAACAGCCUCUUCCACAUGGAAGACGGGGAGCCCUACUGUGAGAAAGACUACAUCACUCUGUUCAGCACCAAGUGCCACGGCUGCGAUUUCCCUGUGGAGGCCGGUGACAAGUUCAUCGAAGCCCUGGGCCACACCUGGCACGACACCUGCUUCAUUUGUGCAGGACAACAGAGAGCCCAGGACCUGCCUCACCAGCGUUGUUCUUAGUAGGUGAGAGCAGUG